CCUACCAAGGAUGGAAACCAGUCAGAGAUACGGCCUGUGGCUUCCUCCACUCCAAAUAAAUCGGUGAUCAUUGGAUCGCCUAAUUUGAUGUCUACGUCUGCCAUCAUCCCUCCCAACAAACGGCACUCUCUGGGCACCGCUAAUGAGCACAAGAUUCGCACGCCUGAAGCUGAAACUAGGCAGAGGUCGAACUCAGCAUCUGGCAUUCCAACUCCCAGACAGGAUAUUCAGAAGAAAGCUCACAAAGCUUCACAGUUGAAAUUUCCAGCGAAACCCAAAUCGGCUUCUAGCCUUCAUCGCAUUAUAUCCAACAAUUCUUCUCAGAUGAGCAGUCCGCAUGAGAAAAAGGCUGGUAAAGUGAUGAAGACAAGUUUCAAUCCCAGAGCUCUGAAUGAGGUGAAGCUUCAACGCAAGUCUCCGAUAUCCAACCGUGUCAAGGGCAUAACCAGUGCAAUAACUGGUUUAGUAGCGGGAAAAAGCAAGAAGAGAAUUGCUGUUGGUGACAAAGAAAAUAGAGUUCCGUAUUAAACUAUGUAUUUUAAUGUGACAUUGUGUAUACUGUAUUUAGGUAUUGAAUUCAUGAAACAAGGUACAAAAGUUAUGGCAAACAUCAUAUCAUUUUUUAAAUAAAAUAAAAUUAGUAUUUGAUUUUUUUAUUCUUACCACAGCAAAACUGCAUUUAAAUUUUAAUCCCAGUUUUAGAUUUAUAAAUCAUUAUUUGUUUUAAAUUAUUAUUUCCAAAUUUAUUGUUAAAAAAUAUUUAUUUAUUUUGUUUUGCCAAAUAUGUUAUCUUUGAUGUAAUGAAAACAACAAUACUUCAUUGAUUCUCUUGAAUUGUAAUGUUCAGUUAGUUUCAAAUUGCUCUCUAUAUUUAAAUGUUUGAUUAAAAUUAAAUAGAAUGUCUACAGUGACUCUAAACUGCAUUAAUAAAGUGUUGUUGCUUUCACAAAGGAAGUCCAAUUUUGCAUUUAUAUUUUAAUUUUUGUAAUGUGUUGUUUUUUUGGAUAUAAAUUUAUAUUAUAUUAAAAUAACAAGUGAAUUUUAACAAUAUUUUUAAAUAAGUACUUAUUAAUGUAAUGGUUAACUAGUUACUUUUAAAUUUAUUUAAGACAGUUUUAUUUAUUAUUAUCUUGUAAUCUUAAAAUGCCAGUUUUGUUAGAUCCUUUUGUAAAAAAUAUAUGUAUUUAUUACUUUUAUAUGACAAAAAUUUUGAAUAAAAAGUUUACUUAAUCAUUAAAA